CAUCAAAUCGGCCAUCCUGCAUCCCUUAAUCAUGGGCGUCAUCCGGAAGUGCGGCGGCAAGAUGCACCUGCGCGAGGGAGAGUUCGAAAAGGCGCACACGGACUUUUUCGAGGCGUUCAAAAACUACGACGAGUCCGGCUCGUCCCGGCGCACGACCUGUCUCAACUACCUCGUCCUCCGGAACAUCUGCUCCCAGGUACUGAUCAAGCUGAUCAGCCCGUACACGAAGAUUACGACCGAUCUGCAGGCGCUGUUUGACACGACCGAGCUCGAGCUGACCGGGAUCGAUCGAUGACGACCGUGCAGUAGCUUGGCAGUAGCACCACGGUUUUAUUAAAACAGGAUUCGCCAUUCGAAAAUGGCCAGAAUGUUCCAGGAUACACACUGGAACCGCGUGUUUGCCUGAACCGGUGCCGUCCACAAGGGCAUCUUCUACAAGGCCGGACGCGUGCAAUGUUUUAAAGUAUGCCCUCGACGUGAUCGUGAACAGGCGCGUCAACGGGACGAUUCUGGUCAAGCGCAUCGAGCACGUGAAGUCGUCCCGGUGCAGUAAGGAUUUUCUGCGUCGCGUCAA